GGAGCGCUCUACCAUCAGGCUUCAUUACUUUCCAGUCGGCUGUCUGCACCUGUAGUGUCUAAAAAUGGACCCAUCCAAGGAGGAAUCUGCCUCUGAGAAGGAAAGGAAGCCAGCAGGGGAGGAGAGUGAAGAGCCGUCCAGCAAACUCCUCAUGACCUCUACUAGAAUGUGGACCCGGUCUAGAGAGAAGUGUUGUGAUCUGGAGGCUGAGAUCUCUAGGAUGAAGGUGAAGCUGGAGGUGCUGAAGAGAAUGUUGGCUGUUCCUGUUCUGCUGCUGACCACUCUGGAGGAGAUGAACCCACAUGAGCUGAAGACAUUUCAGUGUUCCCUGACUAGUGGCCUGCUGCCUGACUGUCCUCCCAUCCCAGAGAGUCAGCUGGAGAACGCUGACAGACAGGACACAGUGGAUCAGAUGGUGAAGACAUACGGCCCUGAGAGAGCUGUGGAGAUCACACUGAGGAUCCUGAGGGGGAUGAAGCGGGUAGACCUAGCAGAGAAGUUAGAGACAGAUCACAGAGGAGUUUCCCCCUCUUUCUCAGGUACUGCCUCAACCUCUCACCUGUCCUUAUUCCCACCGAGGCCCCGAUCCGUCCUCUCCCCUGUGGGGUUCCUCCCCCUUUCCUGCCUUCUCUCCAGCUCCUCCUCCUCCUUUGGCUCGUCUAUGAACUCCUUGUUGUUAACUUCUCCUGGUAGCUCAGGACAGCUCAGGUCACAGGAGGAAGCUGCCUCUGAGAUGGAAAGGAAGCCAGCAGGGGAGGAGAGUGGAGAACUCCCCAGCACCUCUUCUGGAAUUUUGACCCGGUCUGAGGAGGAGUGUCGUCGUCUGGAGACUGAGAUCUCUAGGCUGGAGGAUUAUCUGAGGUUCAUGAAGAGACCCUCCAUGUUGGAUGUUCCAGCUCUGCUGCUGACCACUCUGGAGGAGCUCACUGGAGAACAGCUGAAGACAUUUCAGUCUAAACUGACUAGUGGCUGGAUGUUAGGCUUUCCUCUCCAUCCCAGAGUGUCAGCUGGAGAACGCUGA